AUGGCUGAAUGGUUAAAGCGCCCAACUCAUAAUUGGCGAAUACUUAAUAAUACGGCGAAACAUUUAUACAAAACACCUAUCCCGAGCACACGCAAGGGAACCGUAGACAUGCAAGUGAAAUCCAAUCCACGAAAUAAAUUGAUCCAUGGACGGCACCAUUGUGGUAAAGGUAGUAAUGCUAGAGGAAUCAUUACCACAAGGCAUAGAGGGGGAGGUCAUAAGCGUCUAUACCGUAAAAUCGAUUUUCGACGGAAUCAAAAAGACAUAUCUGGUAGAAUCAUAACCAUAGAAUAUGACCCUAAUCGAAAUGCAUACAUUUGUCUCAUACACUAUGGGGAUGAUGAGAAGAGAUAUAUUUUACAUCCCAGAGGGGCUAUAAUUGGAGAUACUAUUGUUUCUGGUACAAAAGUUCCUAUAUCAAUGGGAAAUGCCCUACCUUUGAAAUCUACUUCAACCGAUAUGCCCUUAGGCACGGCCAUACAUAACAUAGAAAUCACAUGUGGAAGAGGUGGGCAAUUAGCUAGAGCAGCAGGUGUUGUAGCGAAACUGAUUGCAAAAGAGGGUAAAUCGGCCACUUUAAGAUUACCAUCUGGGGAGGUCCGUUUGGUAUCCCAAAACUGCUUAGCAAUAGUCGGACAAGUGGGUAAUGUUGGGGUGAACCAAAAAAGUUUGGGUAGAGCCGGAUCUAAGUGUUGGCUAGGUAAAUGCCCUGUAGUAAGAGGGGUAGUUAUGAACCCUGUGGACCACCCCCAUGGGGGCGGUGAAGGGAAAGCCCCCAUUGGUAGAGAAAAACCCACAACCCCUUGGGGUUAUCCUGCGCUUGGAAGAAGAAAUAGUAAAAGGAAAAAAUAUAGUGAUAGUUUUAUUCUUCAUCGCCGUAAAUAAAUAUGUAACUAGGAAUAUGGAAAAUUGCAUUUUUGGAAUUUGCAAUAAUGCGAUGGGCGAACGACGGGAAUUGAACCCGCGCAUGGUGGAUUCAGAAUCCACUGCCUUGAUCCACUUGGCUACAUCCUCCCCUUAUCCAGCUAAAGGAUUUUCUCUUUUUUCCAUUCAUCAUUAUUCUAUUUAUUCUGACCUCCAUACCUCGAUCGAGAUAGUGGACAUAGGAUGACACUCUUUAAAAUGAAAAAAAGGAGUAAUCAGCUAUGACACAAAAAAAAAACAAAUCCUUUUGUAGCUCGUCAUUUAUUGGAAAAAAUAUAAAAGGUCAAUAUGAAGGAGGAGAAAGAAACAAUAGUAACGUGGUCCCGGGCAUCUAGCAUUCUACCCGCAAUGGUUGGCCAUUCAAUCGCAAUUCAUAAUGGAAAGGAACAUAUACCUAUUUACAUAACAAGUCCUAUGGUAGGUCGCAAAUUGGGGGAAUUCAUGCCUACUCGGCAUUUCAUGAGUUAUGAAAGUGCAAGAAAGGAUACUAAAUCUCGUUGUUAACUGAAUUCAGAAUAGAAAGAUUUAGAAUAAACAAAGAAAUACCCAAUAUCUUGU